AACAGUAUGGCGUCUCUUUGGCUAGAAAAAUUGAAAAAAGCACAAAAAACAUGUUUAAUUCAAGAUGGUAGAAGAAAAAUCCACUACACAUUUGAUGAUGGUAAUGAAUUAUCAGAGGAGUAUAAUGAAAAGAACAAUGAUUUAAUAGUUCGGAAAUGGCGUAAGAAAGGAACACUAGGUGGUACCAGCGGUUGGGAAUUUGAAGUUGGAGAAGAAUUAAAACCAAGAUCUCUCGACUCUGAGGGAUUAAUGGAAAGUAACACAAAUCCAAUUUUUGUAAGAAAAGACACAGCUCAGAAUUUUCAAUGGCGAAUCCGUAACCUACCAUACCCCCUUGAUAACUAUAUAGUCAACAUCAGUGAUGACAACAAAAAUAUUAUCAUCAAAACUAAAAAUAAGAAGUAUUAUAAAAAGUUUAGUAUACCAGAUAUGGAAAGAGCUGGAUUAUAUUUACAACAAAAUCAGACACAGUUAGCUCAUGCUAAUAACACAUUAAUAGUUUCUUAUAAAAAGCCAGAAGAGAUUUUAAAAUUAGAGAAACUUGUACAGGAAGAAAUAAAAAAAAUGAAAGCAUCAAGAGAUGGUGACGUAGACUGUAACCCGAGCUGAUUGAUUGAAUUAUCCCUCUUUCGUUAAAUAUCAUUUUGUACAAUUUAAGCUUUUCAUGUCCCGGUAUCGGAACAAUGUUUUAAAGCGCCACAGAGUAGUCAGACUGACUGAAUGUUCAGCGCUAUAGAAAACAAUUAUUAUUAUUAUUUAAUUUUGUGAAUAAAUGAAAUGUCUUUAGUUGUGCAGAACAGAAUAUUUUUAUAAAAUUACAAAUAAUAGUUUUUUCAGAUUGUUCUGCCUAACUAAUUUAUAUUUCAUGUAACGGUAUUCUUCAAGUGUGCAUUUGUUGUUUGACAGCAUUAAAGUUUAAUAGAAUAAAUUGUGUCAUAAAUUGAAAGUGUAACAUUAUACAUGUGUAUUAUUUUCAUCGAUCUGUACUAUAUUUCUUAUCUAAGGAUGUUGAUAAGUUUCAAGUAUAAAUAUGAAUUAUGUUGUCGAUCAUAUUAUCAUUUUAAAGUUGUUUGUAUAUAUUAUAUUUAGACCA